CUGCGGUUUCAGAAUCUGCAAUUCCAUCGUGCUUUUUUAGCUUGUGUUUUUGAGCGAGCGUGAGUUCUGAGAAUUUUCAUCGGAAAUGGUGGGAGGUAAGAUCAAGAAGGAGGAGGGGUCGUUUGUGAUGAGCAAUUCCAAUGUUUUUGCUGCGCUUGAUAGUUUGAAGAAGAAGAAGAAGUCUGAUAAAGAGAAGGGAUCUUCCAAGAAGAAGCAGACGGUCGAGGUUGUCAAGGAGCCUCCUGUGAUCUGGUCUCCAGCUCCAUUGAAGGUGAAAUCGUGGGCUGAUGUUGAAGAUGAAGAUGAUGAUGAUUACUAUGCUACCACUGCCCCUCAAUCUUUGUGGGGCCUUAACCAACCUAAUGCAAAGAAACCUGAGCCUGUCGAGGAAAGUGAGAGUGAUGAAGAUCUACUUGGUGAAGUUGAUGAUGAUGGUGAGGAUGAGCAUGAACACAAAGCUGAUGUCUCUCAGCAUUCUGAGCCUAUCCAGAGCAAGGCUGCAGUGACUUCACAAGCACCCAAGGAAGCAGAGCGACAGCUUUCAAAGAAGGAGAUACGGAAGAAGGAACUUGCUGAACUGGAAGCUCUUUUGGCUGAUUUUGGUGUUGCACAGGGUGACAAGGUUGCGGGGGAAACAUCUGAUGCUGCACAGGAGAAGAUAGAGGCGCAACAGCAAGAAGAGGAGUCGGAAAAGAAGAAUGGCGGACCCGGAGAAUCUAAGGCUGCAAAGAAGAAGAAAAAGAAGGAUAAAUCAGCAAAGGAAUCACAGGAGCAGAAGCAACCAGACAAAAGCUUGGAUUCAGAAGUGAUCAAUGGAGGUGGGACCGAGCAGCCAGCCGAAGAAUCGUCAUCAUCAUCAUCAUCAGUCGUAAAUUUGGAGAGACUGAAAAAGGUUGCUUCUACAAAGAAGAAGAAGUCGAACGCCACAGAUGCUGCUGCAAAAGCUGCUGCCAUGGAGGCUGCCGCCAGGAAUGCAAAGCUUGCUGCAGCUAAGAAGAAGGAGAAGAACCAUUACAACCAGCAGCCGACUCGGUAAGAAGACGAAAAAAAACGAUUACGAGGUUUUAAUCAGCAAGCCCUAGCGAUGAAAGUUAUCGGUUCUCUGGGUGCAGAAAGUAGGAUUGGUAAUUUUUUUUCAUCCUUUUGCGGACUAUGCAAUAAAAUGGGGAGUUGAAG